AUGGCUGAUAUUUUGCGCCAACUGAAUAGGCCAAGCUGGGGCUCAUUCAUGAAAGCUAGUGCAAGCCGUUUACAUAUGUCAGCAGUGCAACUUUCUUCACCGUUCAUAAAAGCACAGAAAAAAAUGGAUCCCGAAAUCGCUAAGUUGCGAGAAGAGAGGAAGAGGAGGAAACUCAAAAAGGAAAUCAAACUUCUAGAAAGUUUCGGCAAAAAGCCGAAACCUGUGGAAGAAUACAUUUUCGAUAAAAAGCAUGAGGCAAAUAUUAACGAACGAAUACGUCCGAAUAUCAGAUUAAAUGAAAAUGAGGAGGAUGAACGUGUAAUUCUGGAAAUGGAAUACAAACGUUAUCUUAAUAAGUUAGCAGUUAUGGAUACACGUUGGAUUACGGAAAGUAUUCGGAAGCAAGAAAAUGCUUUGCAGAAGCUCAAGAUGCUAUCACCCGAAAUGUACAAAGCUGCUCUUGAACCUGAUGAAUGUUUUUUGCAAAGCUUCAUCUAUCAAGGCCCAACAUUGACGCCUCCGCUAGAAUCGUAUGAUCCGCCUGAUGAUGUUUUCAAGCUAAUGGAUGGUCGCUGCAAACAAAUUAGCGAUGUCUACAUUAUCAAUUCAUCAAAAAUUACAUUUAGUAAAGAUAAAGUUGGAACCGGAAACUUUGCUGAUGUAUAUAAAGGUGUUGCUUUGUUUUCGUUGCCUUUUGGCUUGUGA